CAGCUUUAGAGUACAGUUCAGCACACAAGGGAGGAGAAACAUAUAAGUUUUGAAAACAAAAAGAAUGAAUUUCAGGAUAGUUUGUUAAAUCAGAAAAGGUAUCUUGGUCAGAGUGACGGAUUUGGUCAUUUGGAAUCUGCACAGAAUUUCACCCGGAAGCAGGCAAAGAUGGAUGCAGAUGGUGAAGAUAAAAAGCUGUGCACAUGCUCAAAAGGAACCAAGGUGCAAGUAGACUCUAUAGCUCAGGAGCUCAGUGCCUACAAAUGCUCCAUGGCUAAGAAGAGAAAAGCUGAAGAACAGAUUUCAGGAGUUCCAGUCAAUAAAAGGAAGUCCCUGUUAAUGAAACCCCGUCACUACAGUCCCACUGUGGAAUGCAAAGAAGAAAAUGAGGACAGAACAGAGUUGCAGGAGGACAUCAAUGUCCUCGAAACAAAUGACACGUCUGCUACAGAAGAAAAUACUACAAAAUCACCUGAUGAAACCUCUCAUUCAGGUGGGCAAGAAAACUCCAGUCAAACCAAGGACAACUACACCCGCUAUCAGGACCUCGUGGUCAAAUCUUUAAUGAACAUGGGAAAACUAGCAAAAGAUGCACCAGUUCAAAUGGUGACUGAGAACCUAAAUGACAGUGGCAUCCAUUCCUUAAAAACAGAAAGUGAUGAGGUUGAUGAAUGUUACACAAUUAACUCAUCGGAAGGAAAAGAAAAGAUUUGUGUUUCUGACCCACAAUGCUGUUCAUCUGAAGACAAUGACAAUGAAAGUAGUUCUGAAAUAUUGGACAAUGAGUGGGACAGUUCCUCAAAUUUCUCAGAAGACACUAGCAUAAAGCCCCAUGUAACUCAGAGAUAUAUUGCAGAAUGUAACCGACAAGACAUUCUGGAAGUUCCAGAAAUUAAGACUGAAGAAGCAGAAUUUCGCCCCUGUGAAACAGUUUGUGACUCAGAAACAGAGCUAAGAGAAUCACAGGAAUCUCAUGUUGAUCCUUUUGACAAGAGAAUUCAGAAUCCAUUCCCUGAAAGCGAGGAAGAUGAUGAGUGCCUAUCAGAAACUACAGACAUGUCAGUUGACCUGGACAAAACAAAAGGGAAUUUGAGUUUGCUAGAACAAGCGAUAGCUCUGCAGGCAGAGCAAGGUCAUGUGUUUCACAGCACCUACAAAGAAUUGGACAGGUUUCUUUUGGAGCAUUUAGCUGGGGAAAGGAGACAAACCAAAGUUAUUGACAUUGGUGGCAGACAAUUCUAUAAUAACAAAUAUUCACCCAGGCCUGAAAAAAGAGAAACCAAAUGUCCCAUCCCAGGAUGCGAUGGCACAGGGCAUGUGACUGGGCUGUACCCGCAUCACCGCAGUCUCUCAGGCUGUCCACAUAAAGUCAGAGUGCCACUAGAAAUUCUUGCCAUGCAUGAAAAUGUUUUAAAGUGCCCCACUCCAGGAUGUACUGGAAGAGGACAUGUCAACAGCAAUCGCAACACACACAGAAGUCUUUCUGGCUGUCCAAUUGCUGCAGCUGAAAAAUUGGCAAUGUCCCAGGAAAAAAAUCAGCAUGAUUCUCCUAAAACUGGACAGUGCCACGCUCAGGUUCACAGUCUCUGUAGGACAAACUUAGCAAAGCAGCUCGAGCUAUCUCAGUACAAUUACCGAACGGCACAGCCAGCCACCUCUCUCAGAGCCACCCUGACAAAAGAGCAAGAGAAGUUUGGGAAAGUACCAUUUGACUAUGCCAGCUUUGAUGCACAGGUCUUUGGCAAACGCACAAUGACACCAGCAGUGCAAGGCCAAAAAACCCCAGCGUUCCUUGAAUCAAAGCAUUUUUCACAUCCAGUGAAAUUUUCUAAUCGACUGCCUAGUGCUAGCGCCCACACACAGAGCCCUUGUCAUGCCAACUCUUAUAGCUACGGUCAAUGCAGUGAAGACACCCACAUAGCAGCAGCUGCUGCUAUCCUGAACCUUUCCACCCGCUGCAGGGAAGCAGCAGAGAUCCUCUCCAGCAAACCACAGAGUCUGGCUGCCAAGGGAGCUGAGAUAGAAGUGGGAAAUGGCACUCUGGAUUUGAGCAUGAAAAAGAACCGAAACCAGGACAAGGUUAUGCCUCUAACUUCUUCCCAACGCAGCUCUUCCCACCCUUCCUCUUCUCCCUUCAAACAGCAGCAUUCUGGUAAUGCGGCCUUCUACCAGGCUCUCUGUGAACAGGAGGGCUGGGACAUGCCAAUCAACUAUAGCAAGACACAUGGCAGGAAAGAGGAAGAGAAAGAGAAAGAUCCAUUGAGCUCCCGAAACCUGGAGGAAAAAAAGUAUCCACGAGAUGUCUCCAUACCAAGUCCAAAACCCAAGCUCCAUCCGAGAGAUCUCAAGAAGGAACUCAUCACCUGCCCAACUCCAGGAUGUGAUGGCAGUGGUCAUGUAACAGGAAACUAUGCAUCACACCGCAGUGUUUCCGGGUGCCCAUUAGCCGACAAGACGUUAAAAUCCCUUAUGGCUGCCAACUCUCAGGAGCUUAAGUGUCCCACACCUGGUUGUGAUGGCUCUGGUCAUGUGACUGGAAAUUAUGCUUCACAUAGAAGCUUGUCUGGUUGCCCUCGUGCCAGGAAAGGUGGUGUCAAAGUUACUCCUACCAAGGAAGAAAAAGAAGACGCUGAACUUAAAUGUCCAGUGAUAGGCUGUGAUGGCCAAGGUCACAUAUCAGGUAAAUACACUUCUCAUCGCACUGCUUCUGGUUGUCCUUUGGCUGCCAAGAGACAGAAGGAGAGUCCUCUCAAUGGGUCUUCAUUAUCCUGGAAACUGAACAAACAAGAGCUGCCACACUGUCCUUUGCCAGGCUGCAACGGGCUGGGUCAUGUUAAUAAUGUUUUUGUCACCCACAGAAGCUUGUCAGGGUGUCCUCUGAAUGCACAAGCCAUAAAAAAGGGCAAAAUCUCAGAAGAACUAAUGACUAUCAAGCUUAAAGCAAGUGGGGGUAUCGAGAGUGAUGAGGAAAUCAGACACUUGGAUGAGGAAAUAAAAGAACUGAAUGAAUCCAAUCUUAAAAUUGAAGCUGACAUGAUGAAACUUCAAACCCAGAUCACAUCUAUGGAGAGCAAUCUGAAAACAAUAGAAGAAGAGAACAAACUUAUAGAGCAGAACAACGAGAGCCUGCUGAAGGAAUUAGCUGGCCUAAGCCAAGCCCUCAUCACCAGCCUUGCCGACAUUCAGCUUCCACAAAUGGGGCCAAUCAGUGAGCAGAACUUCGAAGCAUAUGUAAAUACACUCACAGACAUGUACAGCAAUCUGGAACGGGACUAUUCCCCGGAAUGCAAAGCUCUGCUGGAAAGUAUCAAACAGGCAGUGAAGGGCAUCCAUGUGUAGGAUGUGAAGGCUGCUGGGCAACAGAAAUUACUUAACAGCAGUAAACUCCAGAUGGAUCUGUUAGGAUUUCAUGUACUGCUAAGGCGUGUAGGUUGCCGUGCUGCAUUUACAAUUGCAACAUUGCACUAAUUUUCCCAGCUGACAUAAAAAGGAAGGAAAACACAACAGACUAUUUGUAUUAACAG